AUGCUUGUAGGUGACAGCACGAACCACAGUGCUCAAAUCUUUGGUGCUGUUGCAGCAGGCUGGCUCGGUUGGUACACGUGGAAAUUCUUCAUUUCUCCUCUGCUGUAUCGCGAUGAGCCAAAGGAAUUGCCAUAUUUGAUUCCGUGUAAGAUCCGGAUCAGCCUCCUUGAUCUGAGCCUAUAUGCCAACAACACUCUCAGAAAACGCUUCGGUAAUGACCCUUGGGCCGUCACGAUAAUGGGCGAGUCACUAUACGUCAUACCCUCCGCUGAGGAUGUCUUGGCUGUGUACAGAGCACCUAAAACCCUUGAUUUCGACCCGUUUAUCAAGGAAAUGCUGUCAAAGUACGGCAUCACUGCCGAGACCGCGUCGAAGAUGUUUGACACGCUCCCCGGCCAAACGAAAAAUUGGAUGGAAACAAUGAUCGAGAACUUCAAAACGCAGAUGCAUCCAGGUGAGAAACUCGACCAUGUUCAAACGCGACUAUUGGGCUUUAUUGACCAUUCGUUGGUUUGGGGACGACUCCACGGUCGCAUGGUACUCGAGGAUGGCGGCAAUGAGAGAGUGGUCUCACUCUAUAAUUGGAGCGAGGUGGUCAUUGUUGACGCGCAGACGCGAGCCUUCUUCGACGACGCGCUGUACAAGGAGUGCCCUGAUCUCUUAGCCCAGUUCCAGAUAUACGAAGACGAAGCUUGGAAGCUUCCAAUGGACCUACCUGAUUUCGCUACCAAAGCGCUUCGCUCUUCCAAGAUCAACAUUGAGAGUGGACUGAGACGGUAUUUGAAACUUUCCAGGGAUGAAAGGCCUAAUGAUUCAUGGUUGAUCGAUAUACUUUGCAAGGAUAUGGAUAAACUUGGCCUCGAGGAGGAUCAGAAAGUUUAUGUGUUGUUCUCGUUCUACCGAGUCAUGAACGCCAAUGCAUACAAAUUGGUCUUCUGGAUCAUAUCAUACCUGCUCUUUCAUCCGCAGCUUAUGGAGGAGCUGAAGGUCGAAAUUGAACCUGCGUUCCGGGAUGGAAAUCACUCUACGCCCGAUCUGAGCUUUCUGUUCGAUUCAUGCCCUCUACUCGCGUCAAUCUGUGAGGAGGUUCUUCGUCUGACCAACUGGCCGAUCGGCACGCGCACAGUGCAAACCGACACCAUCAUCGGAGGCAAAAAGUUACGACAAGGUAGAAAGCUGCUCAUGCCAUACCGAGCCAUGCACUUCGACCCUGCUGUCUUCGGGGCUGAUGCUACUGCCUUCAAUCCAAAGCGCUUCAUAAUGAAGAAGACACUAGUCACCCACAAGAGUUAUCGACCUUUUGGUGGUGCGGCGCACUAUUGUCCCGGACGAUACAUUGCGAGGAGAGAAGUGCAGAUGUUCACAGCAGUCAUGCUCAUGAGAUUCGAGAUCACUUUGUUGGAAGGCGAAGGUCCAGGGAACAGGUCUCAUUUCCCAAAAAUGGACGAUACACUCCCAUCGGGUGGCAUACAAGUGCCCUCGAAGGGAGAGGAUUUGAUCGUAAGGGUGAGACCUUCUAAGGCAGUGUAA